GCAGCAAAGGUUUCUCAGAGGCCUUCAUCCUGCCCCUUCCUUCUCCUCCUCCCCCUCAUCUCCUCCUCCCACGCACACGCACGCACGCGCGUUGCAGCAGGCAGGCGUCACCGGCUUUGUGAAUGAGCGUGCGCGUGUGCGAGUUUUGAGAGCGGCGCUCCGCAGUCGCUCAGUCGCAGCUCAGCGAGCGAGCGAGCAAGUGCGAGCAAAUGGGAUUUGUCACAGGAGCCCGAGCGUUCCACAUCUUCACCUGCGUGCUCGUCCACGGCAUCCUCGUCACGCUGCAAAGCAAAGAAGAGGUGCUGUUGGACAUGAAGGCCACGGGAGGCGAGCUGGGCUGGUUGACAUGGCCUCUGGAGCAGGGAGACAAGCCCGGGUGGGAGGUGGUCCAACGGACCCUGAAUGGCUCUCAGUUUUACACCUACUCUGUUUGCAAUGUCGGCGAACGCGAGCAAGACAACUGGCUGCGCACCACCUUCAUCCAGCGGCGACCUACAGCCUCGCGGGUCUUUGUGGAGCUCCAGUUCAUCGUUCGGGACUGCAACUCUUUUGACGGCGCCUCGAUGACCUGCAAGGAAACCUUCAACCUCUUCACUUCCGAGUCGGACGUCGACGUGGGCACCACCUUCCGCAAGGGCCAGUUCAAGAAAGUGGCCACGAUCGCUCCCGACGAGAUCACCAGCAAGAAUGAGCUGCGCAUCAACACCGAGACUCGGGUGGUGGAGAACCUCUCUCGGAAAGGCUUCUACUUGGCUUUUCAAGACAUUGGCGCCUGUGUGGCUCUUCUUUCGGUCAGGGUUUACUACAAAACCUGCCCCGCCACAGUGAUGAGCCUGGCAUCUUUCCCGGAAACUGUGGCUGGUGGUGAGAACCAGGCUCUGAGGCAAGUGAACGGGGUAUGCGUGGAUAACGCCGUCAGCGAGGAGCCGCCUCGCGUGUACUGCACCGUGGAUGGAGAAUGGGUGUUGCCAGUCAAGCACUGCCAGUGCAAAGCGGGCUAUGAAAAAGACCAAGACGUGUGUCAAGAAUGUCAGCCCGGCUUCUUCAAAGCGGAAGCUUCUGAUGAGAAGUGUCAAGCGUGUCCUGCCAACACCCAUGGGCCGGGUGCCGGGGCUUUGUUGUGCUCCUGCGUGGAGGGCUUCUAUCGAGCCCCCAGCGACCCUCCCACUGGACCCUGCUCAGGUCUCCCCUCUGCCCCCAAAGACCUCAUGGCGACGACCACGCAACUUUCCGCCGGAAAACUCCUCCUCUCCUGGAGUCCCCCAGAUGACAGCGGAGGCCGGUCGGACCUGACGUACAGCGUUGAAUGCCAACGCUGUGACGGCUCAUCCUGCCAGCCCUGCGGGGAGAAGAUCCAGUACGAUCCGUCCAGCUCUGGCCUGACCGACACCAGGGUCUCAGUGAGCGAGCUGGACGCUCACUUCAACUACACUUUCACCGUGGAGGUGCACAGCGGCGUGUCCAUGUUUGCCAGUGAGGCCACGCCUUCCACCAGCGCUUUGACGACAUCUCUGCACUACACGGAACCCCCAAAGAUCACCUCCAUUCGAAUGGUGGAGAGAACAGCCACCAAGUUGUCAAUCUCCUGGGACGUCUCCCCCCGACCGCGUUUCCAACCUCGGACGUUCCGCUAUGAACUUACCUAUCGCAAGAAGGAUGACAAUCUAGACGUGACCACCUACACGGUGCUGAUCUUGGAGAAGAACUUUGUACAGAUCAACGAUCUGGCCCCAGGCACGGCCUACCUGUUCAGGGUGCAGGCCCUCGGCACUGACAACAGUCACGGAGGCUCCAGUGUGGAGGAACAGUUUGAAACCUCGUCAGCGGAACCUCUGACUCAAACCAACCCCGGGCUUAUUUUCGGCCUGCCAGUCGCUGGCGCAGCCGUGUUGUUCAUACUGGUCGUGGUCGUCUUUCUCCGCAGACGAAAAAGAAACUCUCACACCAGACAAGGACCGGAAGAUGCCUACUUCUCCAGCUCAGAGCAACUGAAGCCCCUGAAGACGUAUGUGGACCCGCACACCUACGAGGACCCCAACACAGCUGUCCUGAAGUUUGCCACCGAAAUCCAUCCCAGCCACAUCAGCAAACAGAAAGUCAUCGGGGCUGGAGAGUUUGGUGAGGUGUACCGCGGUAUUCUGAAGGUCCCAGGCAGGAAAGAGGUUGCCGUGGCUGUCAAGACGCUAAAGCCGGGCUACUCGGAGAAACAGAGGCAGGACUUCCUGGGCGAGGCUUCCAUCAUGGGCCAAUUCUCCCACCAGAACAUCAUCCGACUCGAGGGGGUGGUCACCAAAUUCAAACACGCCAUGAUUGUGACAGAAUAUAUGGAGAACGGAGCACUGGAUAGGUACCUCAGGGACCGCGACGGUGAGAUUUCCUCCUUCCAGCUGGUGGGCAUGCUGCGGGGCAUCGCCGCUGGCAUGAAGUACCUCUCUGACAUGAGCUACGUCCACCGCGACCUGGCCGCUCGCAACAUCCUGAUCAACAACUCUCUGGAGUGUAAAGUGUCUGACUUCGGCUUGUCACGGGUGCUAGAAGACGAUCCUGAGGGGACCUACACCACAAGCGGAGGAAAGAUCCCAAUUCGCUGGACAGCUCCAGAGGCAAUCGCGUACAGGAAGUUCACAUCAGCAAGCGACGUCUGGAGUUUCGGCAUCGUUAUGUGGGAGGUGAUGGCGUUUGGCGAAAGGCCCUACUGGGACAUGAGUAAUCACGAGGUGAUGAAGGCCAUCAACGAGGCUUUCAGGCUGCCGGCGCCCAUGGACUGCCCCUCGGCUGUUUACCAACUCAUGCUUCAGUGCUGGCUCCAGGACCGCUCUAAGAGGCCGCGUUUCGGGGACAUUGUCAGCCUGCUGGAUAAACUGCUGCGCAGUCCAGAGUCCCUCAAGGCCAUCGCCGACUUUGACCCACGUGUAUCCAUCCGCCUGCCCAGCGUCAGUGGCUCAGAUGGCUCGCCCUUCCGGUCCGUGUCCGAGUGGCUGGAGUCCAUCAAGAUGAGCCAGUACAGCGAGAACUUCAGCUGCGCCGGCAUCGUCAGCAUGGAGCAGGUCCUGCAGAUGAAGAACGAGGACAUCAAGAACAUCGGGGUGAGGCUGCCUGGCCAUUUGAAACGAAUCGCCUACAGCAUUUUGGGCCUAAAAGACCAGACUAGCACUUUGAGUGUGUUCGCAGUGUGAUUGCCGCCACAAAGGGACUUGAAAUCAAGCACUGAAGCAGAAAAGAAAAAAAAAGAAGAUAAAAGCCCUUUGGACUCCCAGUUGAGAUGGAGCGAAAGCGCAGGGACAGCGCGAACAAAAAAAAAAAAAAAAAAUUGAAAACAAUCAUAAAUUCCUGUCCACUUUUUCACGCUCGUGUCAACAAGAGACCCGAGCAAACAUCAGCAAGCCGUGGAGGGAAUACACAAGUCGACUCAAGUACACGUGCAUUCCGCUUUUACAAAAAAGUACCACGAGUCGUGGGAAUGGCUUCACGUUUGUAGCCGGCGUGGAGCAAAGGUAGAGAGAAGGUGUGGCAGCAUCAGCGGCGACAGUGCGAGCGUGGAGUCCGGCUUCCAUUUCCUGUUCAACCAGUGAGGACGCUUGAAACGAGCUCGAACCAAACUAAGCUAGAAUAUUGUAAGCAAAAAAAAAAAAAAAAAAGUCAGGCUUAUGCAUGAGGUACUCUGUAAAUAAUUCACUUGUUCUUUGUUUUUGGGAGUUCACCCAAACCACUGGGAUUAAAGAAUUUCUAAUGUAGCACUUCCUUUGAAAAUUUUGUGGUUUUGGUUUGUGUAGAAAGGACAGGAGAAACGUCUUAUUAUGCUUUUAAAAAUGAAAAGCGAUGGUGCAAAUGAGAAGUCACUCGAUCUGAUCUGCCGGUAAUGAAGAUGGAGUGCAUAAGCUUUGCCAGAAUCCAAAAAAAAAGCAAAAGAAAGAAAAGAAAAAAGAUGACAUGAGGAUGAGUCUUGUCAUGGUGGAAAUGAUUUCAUACUAAAUGAUAGUUUCAAUGUCUCGUGUAUUUUUGUAAAUGACACACAAAUCCUCGUGCGUUUCUGGAGGAUAUGGGGAACAAAUGCUUUGACAAUGAAGUGCCACAUUAAAAAGUGCCUGUUUUGUUUUUUUUUUUUUCAAAUUGAUGACUGCAAAUUGUUGUUAGUGAUGUACACCUUUCUUGACUUGAAUUUUUCAAAUGAUCCUUUUGUAGAUGAUCAAUCUAGCUUUGGAAAAGGGAUUCUUUUUGUGUUACAUUUUAUAUAAUGUCACUCAACAGAUAAUUUUGUACAUUUUCCACUAUUUCUAUCCAAAGCCAUUUUAGCUGCCUCUCCAAAAAUGAUCCUUCAUCAAAGAGUUAAUGACUUGUAUUUAAUAGUUUAUUUAUUUUGUACUUUUAUUUAUUCAUCCUGAUAAAACACUGAUCUUGGAUUAGAAUUGAAGGUAGCUCUGUCAUUCGGAAAACAAAAAGCUGUCCUUUUUUAUUGCUGAAAUAUAAGUUGAGUUUGCUUCCAUUCAUAUGUUGAGCAAUAAAGUCUUAAAUCUCGAUUUGACAAUAUGCUGUUUGUGCUUUCUGUAUGUGAAAUUUGUGGAAUAUCAAUAUUUACUGUUGACUGUAAUGGUACACAACUGUACUGUAUCAUUUCGAGAGGAGGUACUGUACUUAAUAUUUUGGUGAGACUACUUGGGUACACGAUGGACAAAUACUGGAAAAAGUUCAGUUCAAUUAUGUUUACUCCAAGCAGUUGUAAUAAACAUUAUUUUGUACGCUGUUGAA